AUGUCAAAAAACUUCAACGUCUAUAUCCCAUUGACCUACAUUUGGUGGUGUCAUAUUUUUGACGCAAUGCAUAAGAGUACGGGCAUGCGAUACAUCAUCAAGCACCUAGUUAUCGUCGCUACUGACGAGAUGAUAAAAACCACCAUCUCAAUCAUGUGCGAUUGCUAUGUGGAUUGGGAGCAUGAAUGGCUGUAUAGUGUUUUCUUUUUUGCUCAACUUCUCCAAUUGUUCUUGUUUGGUACAUACACUGCCGAGCAUAUGUUCCGACAACAAUCAUACAAAUGUCCAAACUUGAUCACGCGAUGA